AUGCCUGCCCCUACAUUUGCUGCGCUAUCGCUCACUGAGCUAGUUGCUAUCCGAGCGCGUGAACAGCCAGACGAUGUUGCGUUUUACACAGGCAUCGAUGAGCCUGGUAUUUUGCUGAGACCGCUCACAUAUACUCAGGUUCAGCGAGCCGUCGACCGACUGUGCGCUCAUUAUGCUAGCCUUGGCCUGCAACCACCAGUGGGAGACAAUGGUUUACCACCAGAGCGUGCCAUUGCGGUCUUAACGACAACUGCUAUUGACGAGUCGCUCCUUGAGAUCGCACUUGCGAAGCUAGGGCUGAGUGCACUUCUGCUUUCAGUCAACAACUCCAUCCCAGCAGUUGCCCACCUAUGUAAACUCACAAACUCGAGCCAUUUGAUCUAUGGGUCUCGGUUCCCCGAAGAAGCCAAGGAAGCUCAGAAGCUGCUCGCCGAGCAAGGAUAUCAUCUCGAGAUCGUACCAGACAAACGCUUUCCCCUUUGGGGAUCGGAAGGAGUGGAGGACGCCAAGAUAGACCCCUUUCCAGCGGUGCUAGGCCCGCAAGAGGAAAAGAACAGGACUGCAGUGAUCUUGCACUCGUCAGGAUCGACGGGUUUUCCGAAGCCAGUAUAUAUCACUCAUUUUGCCUUGAUUGCAAACGUUGCUGGAUUUGUAGCCAAACCAGGCUUCAGCGCUCUCCCCGUGUACCACGGAUUCGGCCACUUUAGCGUCUUCCGUUGCUACUAUGCCGGCGUACCAUUCUCUCUCUUCCCUCCGCACUUGCCCUUGACGUCGGCCAAUAUAUGCAAGGUCAUCACAAAGAUUCCGGUACACACACCUCUAUGCUUUCUCGUACCAUACGUUAUCAAGCUCCUCGGAGAGACGGAAGAAGGCGUGUGCGCUCUCGCGGAAUUCGAAAGCAUCACAUUUUCCGGUGCCCCUGUUCCUGACGAUCUGGGGGAUCGACUCACUGCAGCUGGCGUCAACAUUCAAGCCACAUAUGGAACUACAGAGACAGGAACACUUUUAAAAUCCACGCGCGACUUUAAAACUGACAAGGCUUGGAAUUGGCUACGAGUGGAGGGCCCCAUUUCAGACUAUAUCGUCAUGGAAGACCGCGGCUCCAACACCUUCGAGUCCGUCGUGAAGGAUGGAUGGCCCGCCAAGAUUCAAUCAAAUCGGCCAGACGGCUCCUACGCGACCAAGGAUCUUUUCCUUCGGCAUUCGGAGCACUCGAAUUGGUACAAAUAUAUUGGGCGACUGGACGACACGCUUGUCAUGUUGCUCGGGGAGAAGACAAACCCCGUCCCCAUAGAGCUUGCUAUCCGAGGCAAUAGCCCAUACGUAGAGGAGGCGAUUGUAUUCGGAGAAGGCAAACCCCAAGUGGGCGUGCUCAUUUUCCCGACAGAGCUCGGGAAGGACCUAGCGAAGGACCGAGCUGCGUAUCUGGAGAAGGUCUGGCCAGUGAUCGAGGAGGCAAAUGCGGAGGCGCCCACACAUUCGCGCAUACUCCCAGAAAUGGUGCAUAUACUAGAGUAUGGGACACAGAUCCCGCAAGCCACGAAGAUGUCAAUACUGCGACCUGCAUGCUAUGCAAAGUUCAAAGAUAUUAUCGACUCCGUAUAUGACCGCUUCGAGAGCGGUUUAGGCGUAAACAAGUUAGAGCUGUCGCUACCAGAGCUGGAAGACUUCCUCUUCGACGCAAUCACACAGACACUAGGCAUUACUAGGGCAGCUAAACUGACAAAAUCGUCCGAUCUCUUUGCCUUCGGUGUAGAUUCCUUGCAGGCCACGAGAAUCCGUAACAUUUGCCAGAAGGAACUAGAGCUGAACGGGCAGACGCUUGGACAGAAUAUUGUAUACGAGAAUCCGUCGGUUGACAGGCUAGCCGCAUUCAUCCAGGCCCUCCGCGCUGGAGGCAGCGCCACGGCCUCAGACGAACAGCAGCAUGCGACAAUGUUGGCCAUGGUCGAGAAGUGGAGCGCCAAGUUCGACCUGCACUCUGCAACACAGAACGGCCAACAUGUUGGGUCGACAGGACAUGUCGUGGUCCUCACUGGUACUACGGGCUCUCUUGGAGCGCACAUUCUCAGCCAGCUUGUCUCGUCUCCCUCAGUCCAACGUGUUGUAUGCCUUUCGCGUGCGAAGUCUCACGACGACUCGCUCGCCCGUGUGAAGGAGUCGUUGCAGACCCGUCGACUGUCUCUCUCGCCAGAGCAAUGGGCGAAGGUCGAGUCGUUCGCCGUGGAUGUCAACGAGGAUCGCCUUGGGUUGACCGAGAGCGAAUAUGCGCACGUUUUGUCGCAGACGAGUGCUGUCAUUCAUAACGCAUGGCCAGUCAACUUUAACAUGGCCGUCGACUCUUAUGACCCACAUAUCGGUGGCGCACUGAACCUGAUCAAUUUGUGCCUCCGCUCCGCUGGAUCUCCGAAGCCAUCGUUCUUCUUCAGUUCAUCUAUAGCGGCGCGCUCUGGCUCCAGUGAUCUCGUGGUCGGGGAGGACUUCCCUGCAAGCCCUACGACAGCCCUCUCGACAGGUUAUGGUCGGAGCAAGUGGGUUGUUGAGAAGCUGUGUGAGCGAGCUUCGCAAGCAACACCCCUCAACAUCGGUGUACUCCGGAUUGGACAAUUAGCCGGCGAUACGAAGAAUGGCGUGUGGAACGAGACUGAAGCCUGGCCGCUCAUGUUCAAAUCAGCAACCAUAACUGGUGCUUUGCCUCAGUUGACGGAGCCACCACAAUGGCUGCCUACGAACGUUGCUGGCCAGGCUAUCACUGAGAUCGUCACACGUUCAUCGCAGCCGAAGUCCGCGGUGUACCACAUACUCAACCCUAACUUGAAGGGUGAUUGGAACACAAUUCUAUCCGGUCUUCGACAAGGCGGUCUGCAUUUUGACGCCGUGGAUCGCGCGGAGUGGCUGGAUCGUCUGGCCAAAUCCGACCCCGACGGUAAGCGCAACCCGGCGAUCAAGCUGCUUCCGUACUACCGCAACCGAUUCGGUAAGUCAAACGCUGGGCGACCUCCCAAGAACUUCCGCGUCGACUUGACGAGUCAAGCUGCGCCAAGCAUUGCGAACUCCCCCGCGAUCUCGGAGGAGCUUGUCGCGAAGUGGGUGCGGCACUGGCGCGAGACCGGAUUCCUCGCUUGA